AUGCGCGGCGACCAACCCGGAAGUCAGAGGACCUGCUGGUGUAAGGAAGGCACCUGAGGUUGUCUACCUGGCCAGGCCCCAAAGUAGGGAUGUAGGUUUCAGCCGAGGAGGCCGCCUCCAGAUCACACCCACUCCUGCCACCCCAGGCUUGGGAGUAACAGGCACCUCCGAGGCCCCACGAGCUGCCCACCCAUGAGCUAGGGGAAAGGAAGGGCUGCCUUCCCCCCUGCCCCCUUGCCAUGAGACAGUGAUGGAUCAGAACACCUUCUCCCACAUCCAGCUAUGGUGCCCGCGGCCUUUUGGCACCUACUCCCAGAACAAGCAGUGCCCUGGAGGCCAGGUGAAAAAGACCUUUGGGGACUUUGCCUGCAAAGCCAAGGAAGGAGAAGAAGGCGGCGGCGAGGCCUGCUCCGAAAACACUCCCCCUGCCCCGCCGCCUCCGCCCCCGCCGCCCCCCACGGUCUCCCCCAACCCCAGCCAGGUGGAGGAGGGGCGUGUGCUCUUGGACACGUGGUACGUGAUCAAACCGGGAAACACCAAGGAGAAGAUCGCCUUCUUUGUGGCCCACCAGUGCAGCAGCGGCAGCCGAGCCAGCGCCAUGAAGGUCAAGGGCAACUGGGGGAGUGACAGCUCCAAGGCCAAGCGGCGGCGGAGGUCCCACGACCCCGGCAAGAGCAAGGCCUGCCCGGUCAAGGCGAAGGACGCCAGCAGCAGCAGCAAGGAAGCCGAGGAUGUGUGCCUUUGCCCCGAGUCCCACGCCGAGCCGGCGGGUGGGGACUCCACUGACCUGCUCUCGGUGGCUGAGAUGGUGGCCCUGGUGGAACAGCGCACCGCCCUGGCGUUGCAGAACUACCCCAGGCCGAGCGUGCCGGCCGCGCCGCCGUCCCCCAUGGUCUUCGUAUCGGCAGAGCAGGAGGGCGAGGAGAAGAGGGCCCCUUCUCCGGGAGGCGGCUCGGACUGCAGCCGGGUGGCGGAGGCGGUGGCCCACUUCGAGUCGCAGCAGCGGGAGCGGAGCGUCCUGCGCCCCAACGGCCUGUGCCGGGAGUCUCCCGAAUGCGUGGCCAACUCCCAGCACAGCCCCGGCGAGGUGCGCAUCGCCUUCCGCAUCUCCAGCAGCCGAGACCCCCGCUCGCCCACGGAGGGCGGCCAGGGCGCCCGCCCCAACUGCAUGUUCAUGAGCUGCGGCGGGUCGCCCACGGGCAGCGCUGCCCGUGCCAAGGACAAGAUCACGUGCGACCUCUACCAGCUCAUCAGCCCCUCGCGGGACACGCUCCCCAACAAUGUGGACUUCCUGCUGGCCAACGCCUCCCCGAAAGGGCCGGACGGGGUCACCGGUGAGCCCCCGGAUGUGGAGAUGACCUGCCGGGAGAGCCCCGGCGGCUCUGGCAAGCUGGACGCCAUUGCGGAGGGCGGACGGGGAGGCGGGGAGAAGGCGGGAGGCCCCGCCGCCUCGGUGGCUCGCGACUGCGUCUCCGGCUUCCAUGUUGACGUGGUGGUCACCGGCGUGGUGGACCAGUGCGUAUUCUUCGGCAAGGACAGCACCAAGAAUAUGAAGGAGGAGACGGUCUGCCUGACGGUGGGCUCGCCAACGCAAGAGGGGCUGUGCUCGUCGUGCGACGACCCGCCGCCGGGGCAGCUCUUCUUCCUGCACGCCCAGGUGCCUCGGCAGGAGGACGGCCGGGACGUGGACGGUGCUUUUCUGGACCCUUCCAGCGGCGGCGAGGGCGGCCUGGAGAGAGCCGACGGGCCCGGCCUGGAGCCGACGUCCUCGGACACCUCGCUCUGCCGCCUCUACCGCCACGUCUCGCACGACUUCCUCGAGAUCCGCUUCAAGAUCCAGCGGCUGCUGGAGCCCCGGCAGUACAUGCUGCUCCUCCCGGACCAUAUCAUGGUGAAGAUCUUCAGCUACCUGCCGACGCAGUCGCUGGCCGCCUUAAAGUGCUCCUGCCACUACUUCAAGUACAUCAUCGAGACGUUUGGCGUGCAGGCCACGGACUCGCGCUGGACCCGGGACCCCCUGUACCGCGACGACCCCUGCAAGCAGUGCAAGAAGCACUACGAGAAAGGGGACGUCUCCCUGUGUCGCUGGCACCCCAAGCCCUACCAUCACGACCUGCCUUACGGACGCUCCUACUGGAUGUGCUGCCGGCGGACGGACAAGGACACGCCCGGCUGCCGGGUGGGACUGCACGACAACAACUGGGUGCAGCCUUGCGACAUGCUGGGAGAGGGCGGCCCGCAGGGAGGACGGGAGGUGAGGGGCAGAGCCCGGCGGGGAUGGGGGGACGGGGCACGGCGAAGAAGGAGGAGCGCCUCCCCCCCUUCUCCGCUCUCCUCGGGUGUGCAAGAGGGUGUGGUGUGAUUGCGUUUUACAAGAUUUUUGUUGUGUUGAGGGUUGUUUUUUU